AAAAAUAAGAAUUUUGCACAAUUUUUGAUAUAAAAUAAUAUAAAUAUGAAUAAUAUAAAAAUUAAUAAAUUAUGACUUAUUCAAUACAUGUAUUGCUUUAAUUCUUGUUUUAACAAUAAUCUAUUUGUUUCUUUUUUCUAACUAUCGCAAAAGUACUUUAUUUAUUCUUUAAAACUUCUACUUCCUCUGACAGAUGUCGCGUCCAAUCCACCAAAUCGUUAAACGUAAUAAAAAAGAAGGUUUGGCUUCUUUGGCAUGAUGCGAAAAUAUAGAAUGAUUAACAAACAAGGACAUUUCCACAUAUAUUAAUUAAUAGCUAUUAUUAAUGGCUCAAGUACUUCUGCGGUUAGUUUACUGAUUAAUUGUUGAUACUUGUUUUAUAAACAGUUCGUAGUUUCGAAAUAUGAAUCCUGAAGCCAUAUGCACCCAGUGAUAUUAGAUAGUAAUUAAAUUAAUUAAUUUACGAUACAUGUGCAAAGCUCAAAUAGGUUUCACCAUUACAAAUUAAAUACAUUUUUAAAAAUGGACUUGGAAGGUAAUUGCAAGUAAAUUGUAAUUCAAUUACUCCGAUAAUUCAUUAAAUGUUAGAAGCAUUUACAAUAUUUUGAAGUUAAUAGAAAUUUAGUUAUGUUUUACAAUAUAUCCAUCAUUUUAUAUGUCAUAUUGUAUUAUAUUGUUCUAAAUUACAACCUCUAUAUUUUUUUGCAGAAUUGCUAUAAUAUAAAGUAAAAUAAUAUAAAAUAAAUACGUAUCUUAAAUAAUGUCAGUUAAAAUAUUUUUUUUGCAUUUUUAAGUGAUUUAUAUAAAAGUAUGCUUUCUGAUAUGAAAAAUGAACUAACAUACAACAGUAUUAUUUUUCUUUGAUUUAAACAAACUUGAAAUUUCAGAAUUAAUAAAACUAUGCAUGAGGCAGAAUAAUCUAGAGAGAAUAAUCUAUUAUGUGUGUUUAUAUUAGAAAGAAUUCUCAUAGACUUAUGAGAUAAAAUUCUCGUAGUCUUAUCGGAUAAAACUAUGAUUAUAUGCAUGUACAUUUUUUAUCAAUUAAAGAGAAUUCUAUAAUGAUAUUUUUAAUGUUUAAUUGUAAUUUCUUAAUUGCGAAUUUGAUGUUCAGUACUAAACAUAUGAGCAGAGUAUGGAUAAAUGUUUUAUUGGAUUUUUAUCAACACACAUUUUUCACACAUUUUUCAAGUUGCAGUUAGGACCGAAAGAGGCAAACGUGACUCGAUCACACAUCAUAGAACGCAUCGAAGCACCGUAUGGAAUCAAAGUGCGUGUUCACGGGAGCUUCCAGACACAACACAGAUACAGCUCGAUGCGCAUCCCGUGCGCAAUUGAGCUCCGCGAGCAGCGUCGCGCGUGGCUGCGCGGCGCGCGAUUGCGCAAGUCGCGCGUGCGCGUUAUUCGGCAGUCGACCGUCGCUACGGUGGCGCCAGUCAUGGCGGAAAACACACGCGCACGCCGUUACCACCGCCGCCGCCGCCGCCGGUCGGUGUCUCCACGCCUCUUCCUCGCCUCCGCCACCGCCACCGAUCCCGCGACUCGUGGGUAAGUACCCUCACACUCCACGCUCCAAUCAGUCUGCACUCGCAUGUCCACGAGGUUGCUCGCACGGGCCUGGCGGCAUCCUCUCUCUCCCUCUCUCGCUUUGCCCGCUCGUACCCCCUGUUCUGUCAUUCUCCGUCUUGCUCUACCCCCCUUUUUCUCUGUCUUUCUCUCUCUCUCUCUCUCUCUCUCUCUCACUCUUUCAUUCACCUGACUCUUAACGCGAGCAGUGCGUUGCACAGCCCGCACGGGGCUGAUACCGAUCGCCAGUCGAGGUACUGGUCGCGGACGCCGCAGCCGCGGUUGAGGUUAGGUCGACGGACCUGUCGGUCGUAGUGGCGGGACGCGGCGCGGCGGAUUUGAAUUUUCGAACGCGGCCACUCGUGCCGCGUUACGCGGCUUUACCGGGUAGUACGCGUCGAUUUGCGCGUGUGACACCACGCUCGGACGAUAGUCAACGAUUUUUUUGGGAGAACGGACCGUUCGUCCUCCCGUCCGUCAGACAUCCGCGCGGAUCUGUGACUGCGUCAUCCACGAUUGACAGCCGUUGCGCGCGCCUGCAGGUUAGGUGGAGCGACGUUAGGCUGACGCGCGGUUUUCGAAACAGCGGGAACGCUCGAGAAGAUGAUGCGCCGCGAGUUCUCACCACCGUCAUCACCGGUAUUGAUGUUAUUGUUACUGAAGUUGUCGCGCUCGCGCCUAGUGGAAACGCGCAGCGACGGAGACGAGCAGCGAGCCCUGUGAGGUUCUGUGAAUGUUCUCGGACAGCCGCGUGCCGCGGCUAGCCGCGCACCAGUUUCUCAGUGCACACGAGGAAAACAUGGAUAAUUCUGCGUACGUACCGAAUCACCUACCGCCGCCAUCUCUGGUCGUGUUCUCGCAGGCCGGGGGGCUACCUGAGGCCCUGAGAAUGCAAAGACCCUUCAAUCCACAAGUGACUGACUCGAAGGACUUGCAGGUGCCCUUCAGUACGGCGGCGUCGCUCGGCUACGGGCUGCAUCACAUGCUGCACCUGCCGCCGCAAUUCUUGCACCCGCUCGACCAUAGACUACCCUUUGGCGGCUUCCGGCCACUGGUGCCGUCCGCGUUCGCGCCCCCCAGCAAGUGCCUCAAGGUCGAGACCGGGAACGGCGCGGUGCCGGGAAACGGUGGCCUCCCCAGCCUCGGCUCGCUCUCGAGCAUGUCGAAUAUGUUCUCGCCGACAUCUCUGCCAGGCGCUGGCGGGGGUGGAGUGGUGUCCGUUUCCGGUGCGGCGGCCGUUGCGGCGGCCGCCGCCGCGGCCGCGGCCGGCCAGGAAGUUGGUGGACCGCAGAGUCCGGCCGGUUCCGCGAGCCGUUCGCCUACCGGUACUGGUGGUACCGGUUCCGUACCAAAUCGCGGUGCCACCCCCGACGAGGAGGACCGUGAUGCUAACGCUACACCCGGCUCCGAGAAUACCGAGCGUUCUACUCCGGAGGAAGGACGACCGUAUAGACUGGGGCCUGUGUUCGGGGGCCGAUGCGGCGCGGAGGCGCUCGGUCUGGGGCUGGGGCUGUCGCCGGGCCCGGCCUACAGGUUCGCUCUGCCCCCGGGACUCGCUGCCAAGACCACCCGCUGCCUUGUGUUCGACCAAGGCAAGAAAAAAUUUCCCUCGGAUCCAUCUUGCUGUCCGGUAUGCGGAGUGACGGUAAGGCCACAAGAAUUGGAGCAGCAUUUUACUCAAGAGCUCGAUCGACUAUGUAAGGUUUCUGCAGCGCCUUCAAGGCCUCGUUCUUCGAGGUCGGCCUUGUUACCGAGUCACCCUCAGGAUCAUCCCCAUGGCCCGAUGCUGCACGCCCCUUCGGCGGCGGACGGUACUCCUCAGGGCAGAUGGGAAACGUACAAGAGGAUCAAAGCCAACAGACAGGCCAGAAUACGCGUUAAGAACCGGAAGCGGAAAGCGGACGAGGCGUCGUGUCCGGUUUGUAGCGAGAGACUGUCGGGCACUCCAGAGGAGUUGAACCAGCAUGUCGAUCGGUGCCUGAACAAGCAGAACAACGGGAACGCGACCGGGCAAAACGCGAACCUCGACGAGGAGGAGGUCGACGUCGAAGGCGACUCCGAGACCUUCGAGGAGUACGAGUGGGCCGGCCAGAGAAGAGUACGCGCCACUUCCAUGCUCGUCGGCGGAUUUUCUGCCGCGGGCUUGGCCACUUCCUCAAGCAAUCGCUCAGGCAGUGGUACUGGGGGUGGGGGCGGCAAUCAGGAGGAUGAGGACGUGGACCUUGUGGUCGACGGUGACGAUGUCGCCGAGUUCGGGCCAGCUCAGUAUUCCGAAGCGGACGUGAUCGCGCCGCGGAUUGAUGGUACGCCACGAGAGCAAAAGGAACGGGACGCUCUUCGCGAGGCCGUCAUGUCGCCGAACACGUCACACACCCCACAACAAUUGACCCCGGAUGGAGGAUUGACAGCGCAGGGCCUGGUCGAUGUAAAACCGGAACCGGGCGUUGGAACACCCGUUGGGCAGCAGAACGAUCCGGAUGAGAACGCAUCCUCCGUGUCGCCCAGAAGGGAUGGUGACACCCCAGUCGUAGAGGCCCUCCGCGGCCGCAUCCGUGAGCUUGAGGCCGAGAUGCGCGGGCAACUCUUCAAGUGUCUCAUCUGCAUGGAACAAUACAAGAAGCCAGUCACUUCGGUUUGCUGCUGGCACGUACAUUGUGAGCAAUGCUGGCUGCACACGUUGGGCGCAAAGAAGCUUUGUCCGCAAUGCAAUAUGAUAACAUCACCGUCCGAUUUGCGGCGCAUCUAUAUGUAAACGAAUGGGCUCAACAUCCCUUAGGAUUCGCAACCGCAAUCCGGAAUCCGGGAUCACACCGUUGGGCGACGUGAUCAGCAAGCGUCCGCCCAUGUAAAUACUUGUAUAUUUCUCUGCGUUACGUAAAUUAACUCUCUAGAAUUAUACGUGCACGUUUAUGCAUCUUAGAGCUAGUAAAUUAACACGUCGUUAGUUCUUAACGAUUCAUCAUACACGCGUCGCUCCAGGAUCAUUAAACAACGUGGUUUUGUCCGCCAUCAACGAUUGUGACCGCGUUUUGUUCGCGCCGUUUCUUCUGCAAAAUCUCAAGUUUGCUGUUUUUACUCGUUUUUUCGCGUAUCAUCGUAAUCGUGAAGAAUUUGCUUUUAUAGUAAUGGUAAUUAAUGGACAUAUUGAUUUUUAUUUGAUGCUAUUAGGAUUCUGUUAGGAUUCUAUCUUGUUGAACUUUUUUAAUUCUAUUUUUCCAUUUUUUUUUUAGUUUAGCAAUGUCUUUUUGUGACAGUGAUUUUUGCAAUUCUUAUUAUAUGGAAAUGUUUGAAAAUAUUACUGAUUCUUUGAAUACACAUGAACAUAUAUAUCUAAAUUAUGAAGAAGGAUCGUAGUUGAAUAAAACGUCACGACAAAACUGCAAAAUGCAGGCUCUAUUUCUGCAACAAAUGACAGAAUCACAUCGUACACUCUACAAUGUCCUCGUUUUAUAAACGAGAUUAAAAAUUCAUAAGAUUACGCGAAAGGAUGAGAUGAAAGAAAGCCGAUCGCUAUUGGCCGCGAUUCAUUCCGAAAGAUUUGCACGACAUCUACGACUACAUAACGAGUUUUUUCUUUUGAAUAUUUUUGAAUCAUCGACUUUCGAUAUGUUGUCAACCAUAUAAUUACCGAGACUGUUAGAUCAUCGCCAAAUCAGUCCGCGAUGCACCAGUGAACUAAUGUAAAUACACUAAAUACGGAUCAAGAAGAAAAAUAAGUCCCUCGGUCGCUGUUCUGUAAUCGAAAUAAAACGAUCAUGGAAUGUACAA